UGCAUGAACGGCUAUAUCUAUAAAACUGACGGAAAUCUGUGCUUCCAAGUCUAUACUGGUUACGUCCUGAGUUUCGACAACGCUCAGUACAUGUGUAAUUACCUUACUGGUGGAGCAGGUGGACUUGCAACACUGUCAACGUCGAAAAAGUUCAAAGUGGCUCAACAUUAUCUGCGAGACGAAUUCCCUGAAGGAACGUUUUUCUGGGUUGGAUCAGAGCAGUGGCAGAGUAGAGACAACUACGCGUACUACUGGUUCUUCGUAUUUUAUUACUAUUUCAACUACAACUACUGGGCCGACUCUCAUAAAGUUGACAAACACGUUUGGGCUCCGGGGCAACCUGACAAAGGUUCUGAAAGAUGCAACGCCAUCACCCGAAAUGAAAACCUGCAGCUCAUGGACAGCAGCUGUGGAAACAAGUUUGACUACAUCUGUGACAUUCCGUGCUGGAAGUCGACAGACCUUCGAUAUGUGACAGUGAUUAUGUAUAUCACCGCGAAUCCUACAUGUGCUUCAAAAUAGUGCAUUUUGAAGUAUACCCUACGGCAGCGGCAGCAGAAUGCGCUCACGAUGGACGAAACACUGGCCGAGUGAUCAUCUUGGAUACGAUGGACAAAUUCAUGGCUGUUACGGAACAUCUGCAAGAAAUUGGUGAAACGGAGCCAUAUGUUGUUGGAGCAACCCAAGUUUCGAUGUGGUAUGAGACGAAUGCUUGGAAUGAUGGAACGCAAAUAGACCAACGUAUGUGGGCUCGUGGGGAGCCAAACAGCAUGUUCGAGGAAUGUACAGACCUUAGAAGAGAGCUUGGCUAUAUGUUGAACGACGUCUCAUGCUACCUUGAAAGAUUUCACUUCAUAUGUGAAAUUCCCCUCACAUCGAAUCGAGGAUGAUCAGGAUCCGAGGAGUAUUUUGUUUAGAUUUUGUUAAAGCAAAUGGAAUUCUUUGACGCAAUGUCGUGUUAUUAAUGUUUGUCAGGAAACACAUAAUCACUCACUGGUUACAGUGAUGACGUACUAUGUAUGGUAACCCUGGCAACGCCUCUGUUGGUAUUUUAUGUGAGACAUUUCAUGAUGUAAAACAGACUUGGUCCUGUUUGAAGACAAAGUUCUUUAUAAUAAAAUAUUCUGCAUGCUCAA